AUGGUGCAAUAUUUAUAUCUCACUGCAGAGCUCAAUAAUGUUACUUCUCUAAAACCAAAGGACUCCUUGAAAGAACCGUUUGAGUACGAAUUCAAAAUCCAAUGCACAAAGUGCCGUGAAACACAUGACAAAACGGUUACUGUGAAUUUGUAUGAGAAGCAUGAAAUAGAUGGUUCACGUGGAGAGGCAAGUUACGUAGGAGCGUGCUCAUUCUGUAAGGCAAAAUCCAAUAUAAAUAUAGCUCUACCGAAGGGUUACGAGGGUUAUAACUCAGAAAAUAGUGGUCAGGAAGUUAAAAUGCUGGAAAUUGACUCUAGGGGUUACGAGAUUGUGGAAUUUGUUGCAAACGGGCCUUUUGUUUGCAAAGGUAAUGAAUCCACAACAGAAUUUCAGGAUGUACUGUUAGACGAGGGUGAAUGGUACGACUACGAUGACCAAGCUGGCGAGGAGACCUCAAUUACCGAAGUAAAAUGGGUAAUUAGAUGA